AUGUCGAAAGAAACAGCGUCUAUGAGAGAAAUACAACACAACCGACAACUCAUUUUGCAAGCUCUAAAUAAGAACACAACAAACUUUUCAAACUAUUCUAAGAUAUCUGAGUCAUUGAAAGAAGGAAACUUAAAACUGACAUUAAACCCAAUGACAGAUGAGUUUCUGUUUCAAGACAACAAGAACCAUACUGUUUGUAUAAAUCCAACAAAAGGAACCUUAAACGAGAAACCUAUAGAUGAACUUCUUUUGAAAGCAGAUGUUGACAACAAAGCUGACAAAGAAUAUGUAGACGAUGCAAUAGCAAAAGAAGAAGAAAGAGCUAACAAUGCUUAUGCAACAAAAGAACAUACUUA